AUGCCGGUCGAAUUGUCCUAUCCUGGACUCAAAUGUGUUCUGGAGUUUUUGGAAGCUAACAAAAGAAUUCACAUUUCUUCUCGAAGCCCACGCCUGAAACACAUCGAGCGAUGUGUACCACUAUACUUGAACACACUCUAUUUUCGACCAAACGUUGUAAAGUUGAACGAAAUAACGUAUGCAAUUGUUGAAAGAAACGAGGAAACAACAGAUCAUCCUCAGAGUGAAUUGAAGUGUGGAGAUAUUUUGAUAGGACCACGCACCCCGGUUUAUUCUCGAAUGUAUCCAACUAUUAACUUUUUUAAACAAGCACACAGACCUGUGGAAAGGCGUGUGCAAGAAAAAGAAGGAAUGCAAAACUAUGAGAUAAUCAGGAAAGUGCUUCAAGGAUUAAUAGGAGAAAGGAAAAAUAUUGGAUUAGAUCAACUGGUAUUUGAACAGUGUCACUCAACGAUUCUCCGUCUUCCAUCAAAUUUUAAAGUUCGCAUUAGAAGGUUGGAUAGUGGGGUUAUCAACCCGGAGUAUCUCCUUCCUCUGAUAGAUUUCUCUAGUUUUCCGUUGAAAGAACUCAGACUAAGAUUUCCGGGAAAAUUAGAUCAGCCGAUAGUUCAAUCAUCAGAGAAAUUGGUCAUUUUUGUAACGGAACAAUAUUUUAGCGAUUUUUCGGUUGAUAUUCUUAAUCUUCCUAAUGGAAGUGUGAUCAUUGAAUGUUCAUCACUGAGUGAGGAUGCUUAUAGCAAUAUAAUUGACUACUGGCUGGAUGAAAAACGAGAGACUGGAAAAUGUUUUAUGAUAACCGGCGGUCAAACAAAAAUGAUAGAAACUGCGAUUGACUUGAUGAAAAAGUAUGACGGAAAAAUGGUGAAGUGGAAUAGUACGGAGUUCAGUUCAAACCCCCAGACCAACUACAUUUCAAUUCCGUUGAAUGAUGACUUGGUAAUUGCAAUUUAUGCAGUUACUCAUAGAAAAGACAAAUGGAAUUCGAGUCAUCAAAUUGUGAUGAAGACAAUGCCGAUUAACUCAUUCAUUCCAGCGGAAGAUUUCUCUGAAGACAAAACACUUAUAGAAAUUAAAGCGACUGAGAAUCCCAGACAAAACGAUUUGUUUGUUGUCUCCGUUUUUCUUUCGACGGCUGCUAUCGUCCUUAUUGCAUUUUUUGCAAUUUUAUACAAAUCAUUCACAAACCCCACCCAUAACUGA